UACAAUUUAAACGUGAAAAAUAUCCUCUGUUUUUAUCGUUUCGUGUAUCAAAUUAUUUUCCCAUUGUGCUUGUCGACAUAAAAUGGCUUCCAUCAAAGAUCAACCAAGGUCGAGUGCUAAUCAAAAGCAAGGCAAACGGGAACCUGUGUCGAUUGAACAACUCUGCGUCGGAUGCAUCGUAUGGAUGCCAGAACAAGAUAGUGCUAAAAGUGCCAGGUGCAUUAUGCCUCUAUGUCCCUGCAACCAUUCGGAAUUGGAUGAGAAUGGGUCUGAGCAUCAUCUUGUAAUUUUGGAUAUCUUCAAAACGGAUAAAGAUGUCAGAUGUCAUGUUGGAAAGGUUAAAUUCCCCUAAAAGAACAACAGCAAGCCCUUCCUCCAGCUAACAAUUACCUCCAGGUAACUUCAAAAGUAAGCAAAGCGAAACACUUUACCGCCCGUAUCAAAAUCCACCAAGAGUCUUUAGCUUCAUCAACAGAACAAGGUGACUUGGACAAUGGAUUAUACCUCGAAACAGGAGAACUGCGCAAACAAUCUCACGUCUCUUUGGGGCACGUUUAUGAGGUCUCAGCUUCACUAUUCAGCACAAAGAAAGGUGUACCUGCGUACGAUAGAAGGCUUUCAGAACAGAGCUAUUACCAUUUGUUGAAACUUAUGGGGUUGGAGGCAGCUACAUAUGAGCGUACAAAAGACGUGGAGGAAAAAGGGGCAACGACGCGUUCUUGGAUCGCUGAAACUCAUGCAAAAAUUUCCCACAGCGAGACCCUGGAAGCACGAGUUAUUGAUUUACCUAAUGUUUCCUCAACCAUCGGAACUGCCCAGCGCAUGGCAGCCUUUAACUCUCCUGUCAGACCCCUUCCCCUUAAUUCCCAAAAUCGUCCAAGUUCCCCACCUCAGGAUUCACCAACUAGCCAAUCAAGCGUCUCUACAGCAUCACUCCAGAGUCCAAUCUAUGAGACUCCAAGCUAUGAGAGUCCAAUCUAUGAGCAGCACAGCCCUCAUCGUAGACCAAUAUCCUCGCGUCGGGGAUCAGUACACUCACAGAUGGCACACUUGUCCCAUUCCGCAUCAACAACAACGUUGCGCUCCUCACUGAUAUCACCAGGCCAUGACACUAGAUUCGCAAUGGCUGACGCCGACGCCCGCAGGCAGGAGGCUUUGAGGCAAAGAGCUAGGGAGGAAGAUGAUGCCGACACCCGCAGGCAGGAUGCUUUAAGGCAAAGAGCUAGGGAGGAGGAUGAUGCCGACACCCGCAGGCAGGAUGCUUUGAGGCAAAGAGCUAGGGAGGAAGAAGAUGCAGCCGAAAGAGAUUUCAUAGAAAAAGAACGUCAACGUGUACGGGAGGAGGUUGCAGAAAGAGAACGUCAACGUCAACAGCGGGAAAUUGCAGAAAUGGAGUAUCAACGUCAACAAGAGGAAGCUAUAGAAAGAGAACGUCAACGUAUACGGGAGGAAGUUUUAGAAAGAGAACAUCAACGUCAACAGCAGGAAGAAGCAAAGAGAGAACGGAUACGUCGAAACUUGGAAGCUCUAGAACAAGAACAUCAGCGUGUAGAGAAAGAAGCUCAAGAACAAGAACGUCAACGUUUACACGCGGAAUAUCUAGAGAAAGAACGUCAACAUAAAAGCAGAGCUUCUCUGGAAGCAGAACAUCGAAUUCAAAAAGAACACCGACGUCGAAGCAGAGAUUCCGUCUCCACAGAAUGUGAAGUUCGAAGGGAAGCUGCUAUGGCAACACGGCACUAUCUUGAAAAGAUGGCUACUAUGGAACAGGAACAUCCACCUCGAAAGGAAGGGGUUCCUCCACAUCUACGUCCAGGCGGAGCUACCGUGGAAAGAGACUAUUCUCGUCAAACCGAAUCUACCCUACAAAGCGAACAUGGAAGAACACAAACACAGCGUAUGGGAAGCGGUAGUAGUACCACUUCCGGCACUUGGUCAUCCGAUUAUUCUAGGUAUUCUAAGUAUACCCGAAUUAGUGAGUAUACCAAUACUCGCAUCACGGAGUACACUCGAUAUACUUCCGAGGUGGUUAUGCACGGGGUUGAAAAUGCUCCUUGGAGAGCGAUGUCUGUGGGUUCGGUCGUUGUGGUAUGUUGCUAUAGCUAUUAUUCGGGUAGCUACGAGGUUGGGUUUGAGGCUGCUAAAGGUUUGGCGGGGAGUUUGAGAGCGGUGGCUGGAAUGGCUAGUCGUGUGUUGGUUAAAGCUGGAAAGUCUCUUACGAGAUUGAGGCGCUGAUUGGUUUUUUUUUUCUUUUUCUUUUUCUUUUUAUUACGCCUCUUCCUCCUUCUUUUGGAUUGGGAUGCUGGGUUCGGAGUAAGACUGGGGUUUUCGUUUCCAUUUACAGCACAAGUUCCAUGCUUGUCCUGAUGAUUUUCUGUUUUGAGGAUCGAAUCAAAUUCGUCUGGCAAUUGGUUUUAUUACUGCUUGGUUUGGACCUUUGGAGUUAAAUCUCACGGCGCGAUAUUACAUACUUGGUCUUAUUAUCUUAUCUAAUUUCUUAUAAUAUCACAUGUAUGGUUAUUGGAGUUGUAA